GAAAGACAACAAAAAUAACUCUCUCUUCUUGGAUCUCUUAAUACAUCUUAUAUUGAAAAUUCACAAAUAAUAAUAUUAAAAAACUUCUGCUUAUUAUUUUUUAUCAUAUCUUUUACCACUAUAAAUCUCCCUCUUGAAAUUUGAUCAAUUGUGGGCAUAGCAUGGAUAAGAUCCGAGCAUUUUCAUCUCCCCAAUUAAAUUCUUCUUCAACAAGUAACAAUCCAGAUGAAAUUGGUAUGGAAGGACUUGCCACAAAUGUUAGGUUAUUGUUGAAACUAAUUCAAGAUCAUAAUGGGGCUACCACAAAAGACAAUGAUGAAAGAAAGUUUCACAGGAUGAAUGGCAUGAUGUCUCUCUUAGAUGAGGUUAGGACAAGGGUUCAAAAAGUUCAAACUUCUACCAAGAAAAGAGCUGAACUUAGGAGAUGUAACACUGACCUUAGGCCAAACAUUCCAAAGGACAAAAGAGCUCCUGAUGUGCCUACAGAUGAGAAAGAUAGACUAAAGAAAGAGUUAAAUGCAAGCUUGGUGGCACGGCAGAGUCUUCAAGCAAUGUGUUCAAGUUUGGGAAAAGAAAAGCAAAUCAUGGCUUCUGAACUUGCAAGAAAAGCUCAAGAAUUAACAGAACUUGAGGAGCUUGUAGAAGAUCUAAAAUCUCAGAAUGAAACAUUGGUGGGAAGGUUGCAUGCUUACAACUCGGAACAGAAGGAAAAAAAGAGCAGUAGUGGGGUUGAAAUGGAAGGGAACAUAGUCCUCCAAGAACGUAACAAGGCUCUUUCUGAACAACUCCAAAAGUCCAUUGAUGGUUAUAGGUCUUUGAAGAGAAAAUUGAAAGACAUGCAUGAGGAAAAAAAGGAAAUGCAUGCCACAAUGGAGCAAAUGGGGCUGGAAGUUCAAUCAGGCAUUGACAGGAUUCAUAGCUUCAAGGAACAAAUGGAAACAACUAAUUUAGAGAUAAGUGACGUAGGAAAGGAAAUAUCAGUUUUAGAGCAAAUGCUUGAAUCUCUUAGCAUGAAAAUAUCGAAACAUACACAGAAGAAGACUUAAUAAUAUGAAAGCCAAAAGCUCAAUCUGCGAUUGGAAGAAGAAAAGGUGAGAAGCAUGGUUUACAGGGGCCAAAGAAUGAAACACUGAAAGAUUCAUCCAUGUACAACAUACCAUUAUUCACUUCUAACCUAUAUUGUCUAUUUCCACCACCGUCUAGAGAACACACUCUUAGACCAUGAGCAGAAAGGAAGCCAUUAGCGAAAACACUUGACUGUAAUAUAAUUGUAGUACUUGUAAUGAUUGAUGAAAAAUGGUCAAAUAGGAUAAUAGUGAUGUCCACUUUUCUGAAAUUAGAUUUCUAAUGGGACAAGACUUGUUUUAUAUACCAGAUUCUUGUCCUCAUUUUGUGCAUGUGAUAAAAUUGAAAUCUUGUUCAACUCA